UAUGUUUCUCAACUUUUUACAUUUCACUUAAGAGUUUGAUUUGUUUUUACACCUGUUAAUGUGUAGCUGGUAGCACAAACCCAGUCACGUCAAAGUUGAUUUAUUAUCAUUUGUCUUCUUCGCAGAAGGCAAUGAAACCAAAUACAGUGUCUCCAGGAGCCACAGGGCAUGUGAUUUGAGUAUAAACAGAAUAUGUGUUUCAGGCCUGACGUCAUCGUAACCUGUUUGCAUAUGUCCUUCUGUGUACACUAUACUUGUACGGAGUUGAUGCCUGGUAACAAUAGAUAACUCAAGCAAACAGAGUUGCUUAAAAACCUGAAAUUUUGUCUGUUCAUCUUAAGUGAAACUGGGUGUGUCUGCUUCAGAUUUAAAUCAACUGCAUUGAAGCACAGUCUUGCAGGAACCCUAACAGAUGGAUCGUGGGCUCAUGUGCCCCAAUAGUGAACUUUCAGAUAGACGGGCCACCUUGUUUGCCAUGUCAGUGUGACACCAAAUGAGAUCUGCAGUCAUAUGCAAAGCAGCCAGGCUGUAUGGAGACGGCUUCCUUCUCUCUUUGAUAACAUGGCUGGAAGUCAGCUGGACUUUGACCAUCUCUGUAGGCUGACAGGUGAUACAGGUGAUCUGACGAAGAAAGACUUGGGAGUGUCUUUGAUUUUACUGGAUUAAUGGAAUUUCAUAAGGGCUGCGGAUGCUGGUGUGACAGGAACUGAGGAAACAUGUAUAUUUUUAGACUCAGUCUUUUUCUUCUGACCACUACGGUGGCCUCCGCUCAGCUGCAGCUACAGCCUCUGAAUGCAGCGGUGCUCCGUGGAUCAAAGGCUCGGUUCAACUGCAGCACAACUCAGCCCCCAUCUGUCAUGAACUGGAUGGUCAACGGACGCUUGGUUAUCACCAUUCUGGAAGCGUCUGGGGUGUUUAACUUCACAGAUCGUUUUUCGGCCCAAGAUUUCACCACACCUGGAGAUUACAAAUGGGAGUUUAUAAUUAGCAACGUGCAGAGAGACGAUGCGGGUGAAGUCACCUGUCAGGUUUUGGGUGGAGCGCCUCAAUUGGCCACACUGUCUAUACAAGAAAGUGGCAGUGUGGAAAUUGUAGGUGGAAAUCAAACCAAAACGGAAGGAGUUCAGACAGAGUUUCAGUGCAGGGCUGUGGGCUGGUUUCCUGAACCCAGCAUGUCCUGGUCUGUAAAUGGAGUGGCAAAUUCCUGCAACAGAAGCUCUGUAGCACAGGGAAACCUGUUUAACUCCAUCUGCACGCUGACAGUCACUGCUGUCAAAAAUUCUUCUGUUCAGUGUCUGGUCAGUGUGCCUGCCCUGAGCACACCGGACACCAGCACUGUCUUUCUGACCGUUGAAAAGUUUGCUAAAAGAGACCAGACAGUGUUGAUCGCUGUCACUGUGGCCUUCAGUGCUGCGGCUCUAUUGUUUCUAAUCAUCUACGCAAUUUUUUUCUUCUGCAUGAGAAGAAAGAAAAAGUCAAGCUACCAAGAGGAGAUCAGGAGGGCAAGAAUCCAGUCCCAGAAUAGGACGCCUUCCACAGAAAAUGUGCAAGGACAGGACAACCGAGGAUAUAUUAGAGAUGGACACGAUGGACACACCACAGAUGGAGUCUGGUACACAAACCAUUCUGACAAACAUCAGAUGACUGGUAUUUUUUUUGAUGAUGCUCACAGGAAGCACAGACACAUGACCAUCGUCUAGAGACUAAAUGCUGGACUUCACAGACAGGUGUUCUGGUUCUCUUCUUCUCUCUUCUACAUAAAAUCAUCAUUUUAGGUUUAAUUACAGAAGAAAGAGAGCCUGAGGGACUUCAUAUCAGCACUUAUGGUGAUCUGUUUCAACUCCACUGGAUUUUUUAUUGGAACACAAGCAUUUUCUUGGUGGUCUCUGACUUUUGUACCCCACUGAAUACUGUGGAUAAUCACCAAGAACAGAUGAACAUGGUCAAAAUGAGGGUGGUCGGGUUGGUAAAGACCUGCCGGAAAUCACUUGUCUGUUUAGCUAAACAAACCAAUAUGAC